ACUAAACUCACCUUAUUGAACUAUUAGCUCUACUUUCACUCUUGCUGCAACCACAAAAGGCGUUUCUUUACAAACUAUUAAGAAGUUAAACCCAAAAAAGUGAUAAAUAAGGGGAAAAAAGGCACAAAUACUCGGAAUUUACCGUUUCUGCUCCACAUCUGGCAUGGCGCCAAUACCGGGCACGCCCUCCUCCAUCUCCGUGUCCAGCGAUGACGUUUUUUUUUCUGGCUUCUGAUUGGACAGCUGUGUCUCACUUAAAUGCGCUCGAGCCGAGCCCCCACAUCAUCAGCCACAGUGGGACUGUUGAGGUCUCGAGACUGCAGCUGGGGCUCCUGACAACUGUUGCCACGGAAACAGGACCGGCGCGAAAAAGUUUAAAGGUAAGAAAAUAGAACAAAGUGAAGAAUUUUCUCUGAAUUUAGGCCAUUUUCACAGAAUAUCGUUUUUUAAAUCAUACUCAAAUAGUUUGUGGUACUUUUCUGCAGUGUGUACUCGGCAGAAAAGUACAUUUUCAGCUACCAGUAGCAGUCUGUUCUACAUUACAGGUACUGUGUUUUGUAUGGACAGUUAUAACAUAAAUAUAAUAUGUAUUUGUGAAAUAAAAGUAGAAUUUUUUUUUAGGAAAACCAUACAACUUACUUGUGAAGAAUAAAGCUGAUAUUAAACAGAUGAUGCUGCAUCAUGAAUUGUUAUGUUUGUAAGACAAGUCAAAUCCAUGCCUACAAAGUAAUACAACAACAGUAGACAAUUUUUCCUUCUGAAUUUACUUGGUAAAGACGUUGUUUUUCAUGGUACAAGCGUGUAAAUGUGAAUAACUACUGAGCAUUUGCUGUUAAUUAAGUUUUUAAACAACCAACAAUAGCUAAAUGUUCAGAUUUAUAUUCGACUUAAAUGUGAUUUUCUGUGGUGUAUACAUGUUAAAAACUUCUGUACAUAGUUAUACUGCUUAAAUAUCAUUUUAAAAGCCUAAUCCUCUAGGGGUGUUUUGUUGUUUUGCGCUGCUUAUCUCAUGGUAUGUGUGUCGGUAUCCACUUGUGUUCACCUGAAUACGCAUGUGCAUUUUUCUGUUGUGUCAACAAGUGGUCACAUGUGUUUUAGUGGGGACACACUACUCCAGACAGUAAAGGUCAAACCCUCUUAUAGGAAUAUAUUUCUUUUGCGCAACUUUCUUGGCUGGAUAUUUAAUCCACAUAAAUCAGCAGGUGGUGAACUAAUCUGUAGUAUUGAUCACUGGCAGAGCUUUGAGUGCUCUGACAACAAUUUGGCACGAGUCAAAACUGUGUUAAAGGGAAAUGUGGUAAAGUUGACAACUGCAGGGUUAUUCCAACUGUUAGAUGGAAGUAACUGAGAACUUAAAGUAUGGAUAAAAGGGAAAUGGACUGUCCUUUUUCCAAAGAAUUCAAAGGAAAAUUUCAGCGCUUUAAACUGCGAUGCAUCUUGAACUGAUACGACACCUUAUACCAAAUCAACCCGCAGGAGUCUGGCACAUUUGACCUCAACCGCCUGUUGACACUGUGGCAAAAAAAUGUUGUUUAAGUUUUGCAACAAUGUUCCGUCAGCGCUCUAAUGCUAGUUGUUUACAAUUUUACAUCAUUCUUGGUCGUCCAAGCAUGUUGCAUAGUAUUUUAGCUUAACUGCUACUUUUUCGUCGUUGUCGUCGUUUUCUUCCGCUUCAUCUGGGUUCAUCUGGGUUCAUCUGGGUUCAUCUGGGUUCGUCUGGGUCGCGGGGGCAGCAACUUCAGGAGGGAAGCCCCAGCCACUUCCACCAGCUCCUCAAGGGGGGAUUCCCAGGCGCUCCCAGGCCAGGCGAGAGAUAUAAUCCCUCCACCUGGUCCUGGGCCGGCCUCCUCCUGGUGGGACAUGGAACACCUCUAACAGGAGGCGUCCAGAAGGCAUCCUAACCAGAUGCCCGAGCCACCUCAGCUGACUCCUCUCGACGUGGAGGAGCAGCGGUUCUACUCUGAGCGCCUUCCGAGUGUCUCCCCGAGUGACUGAGCCCGGCCACCCUGCAAAGGAAACCCAUUUCAGCCGCUUGUAUCCGCGAUCUUGUUCUUUCGGUCAUUACCCAAAGUUCAUGGCCAUAGGUGAGGAUCGGCACGUAGAUCGACUGGUAAAUCGAGAGUCUCGCCUUACGGCUCAGCUCUUUCUUCACCACAACUCAGUUAAGCGUCCGCAUCACUGCUGACGCCACUCCGAUCCGCCUGUCGAUCUCCCUUUCCAUCCUACCUCACUCGUAAACAAGAUCCCACGAUACUUGAACUCCUCCACUUGAGGCAGGACCGCUCCUCCGACCUGGAGAAGGCGAUCUACCUUUUUCCAACUUCUUCAUGGAUAGAUUAUCUGAGGACUUCCAGCUGUGCACGGUUAUUGACUUUGAAUGAACUCUGAGCUCGAGUUCCUCAUCUGUAAAACUCAAAAAAUGAUGGUUUCGUGUCUUUCUGUGAGAAGUAUCAGGAAGUGUUAUAGAUCAAGUCUGACGCAGUGUAUUUAAAGCUUUGGACAGUUUCACCUUCUUGUAAUGGAUAUGAGACGUCACACCACGGGAGGUGUAAGUCUGUUUGUAGGUACUCAUCCGUAUAUAUACACACAAACAUUGAGGGGAGGAUGGAAAGUGUGAUACUGAAGAAGGUGGACAGAUGAUCCGUGUGGAUGUCAACAAGCUUAAAGGAUCAAACUCAGACUUGGUGUUAAUAGCUGACCCCCUUCACCCUCUCACCAGCCUGUGACGGGGAAAACCAGACCCAAACAUUGUGUUGGCCUCUGAAACAUCAGGAUUUGCUGCUUUCUUCUACAUCUCUUCAGAUCUGAAUCUAUCUUUUUGUCUGUCACUGGUGUUUUAGAGACUCGCUGCCUGUCCGGCUGAUACAGUUGACCAUGUCGUCUACAGUGCUGAUCAAUCUGCUGCGUGCUGGUCGCUCCACCAUCAGCAGACAAGCCGUUCUCACGGCUCGCUCCUCCUCAGAAAGCUCUGCAGCGUCCGCACAGGUGAGUCCACAGGUGUUAGAGCAGAACUGAAGUCCUAUGGUCAAAUAAAUUACACGUCUGACCUUGAUUAUAAGUUCUACAUUUGUGAUCGUUUCCUGAAUCUUCAUCAGAGACUUCCUGGGUUUAUCUGAGCAUUACCCUUUCUAAUUCUCUGAUUAUUCACCUGCAGGUGGGCGGGGCUUUGUUCGGGGUGGUGGGUGUACGUCACGCCAGCGGGUCACCGCGUUUUGAUAGCAGCCAGCUAGUCACCUGGGACACAGUCGGUAUCUGGGACAACAGGAUAGAGGAACCAAUCUUGCUGCCUUCCAGCAUCAAAUAUGGAAGACCCAUUCCACAGGUGAGUGGAUGAACAGAUGAAUGGAUGGUGUUUCUAUCCAUCAAUAACCAAAUUCAAGGGUGGAUUCAGUCAUGAUGGCGGAUGAAUGGAUGUAUUGACUUAUGAGGGAUGAAUUGUAUGAACACAAAUGGAAGAAUGGUUAAUGGAUGACCUUCCCUCUCCCAGGUCAGUCUGUCUCGGGUCGGCAGCGCGUCCGUUUUGGGCCUCAGAAAGCAAAACGAGGACCGCCUUCGCACCGCCCGUAUCCAUGACAAUCUGCUGUACUUCGCUGUGUUUGACGGGCAUGGUGGUCCACACGCUGCGGACUACUGCUUCACAUUUAUGGAGAAGUUUAUCAGGUAGAAACAUCUGAGAGAUACAAAACCACUUCAGAGCGCCUCUUUGACUGUCCCGCUGUAAACAAGUCAAAACGUUUGAUUUCAGAGACGCUCUGGAGACCGAGGACGACCUGGAGAACGUUUUAAAGAAAGCCUUUUUGGAUGUUGACAAGGCGUUACACACACAUCUCAGCUACUUCAACAACGGUGAGACCCCCAGAUGAACAAAAAAGUGUUAAAUAGAGUGUUUCCCUGUGGCGGUGUGUGUGUCAGGGCCGUUGUUACCUUGAACGCUACCCUUCAUGUUGUUGGAAGAGGGUGCGACCGUAUUUGAUGCACUCGUUGAUGACUCAAAACAAGUCGAAAAUAACGUGUGUUUACAACAGUGCAAGUAGAAUCAUUAGUGGCGCAUUGAUAUGAAUGAUCAUGUGAAAUUUCAGUAGCGGCGCAUGUAAUUGAGCAGUGGCGGUGCUGAAUGAAUGUAGGGGAAACACUUGAGUCCGAGGUAGAACUAUGUGAGAUAAAAAAGGUAAAAAUCAUCAACAUCUUCACUCUGUUCUUCUUGACCAGACUCAUUCCUGACAGCCGGCACCACAGCAACGGUUGCUCUGCUGCGUGACGGGAUGGAGCUGGUUGUUGGCAGUGCUGGUGACAGUCGGGCGAUGUUGUGCCGGCAAGGCCAAGCCAUGAAACUCACACAAGAUCACACGCCAGACCGCAAGGACGAGAGAAAACGGUACAUGAUUUAUUCUUAAUAAACUAUUUGUCCUGCGGCUCCUGGGCAUCAGGCACCCUUGAAUGCUAAAGGUGUUUUUAGGUGUAAAGCAAACUAGUAAAGUCAAUGUCCCAGAGUGCUGGUGGUCAGGCAGCCCAAGCACCCAGAGCUGAGAAAUAUCAAAAUUCACAAUUUAUUGGUAACUUAUAAAUCAUAGACUGGAUUCGCUGCAGAAGAGCAUGGAAGAGUGUUCGGUCUGCAGGAGCUUUCUGAUGGUGAAGUCGUGCUGAGAUAAACUCAGCAGAGCGUACAUUUACACUGAGGUCUCAGUCUUUUUUAAUUAGCUAGAUUUCAUAACAGAGUCGGACCCGUCUGCAGAAAACUGUAGCCUAGCUUUCGUACCGGUUCUCUCUGCAGUUUCUCAUGAAAGCGGCCGAGCUGACCAACAUCUAUUGUGGCUAAAACAGUAACGAGUGAACGAGUAAAGAUUUAGAUGAUGUCCAUGAGGGAUGGACUAGUCUCGACUACGAUGGUGUUAUUCCUGAAGCGUUUAGCAGGGACCCUCAUAGUCACACUCUCUGGGUCCAGAGGGAACCGCGCAGAAAGAAGUUAGUAGAUCAUCAGGGUUCAGGUUUCGUAGAAGUGGAUCAGGUUCAUAAAUAGACUUAGUGGUAUGUUGGACUGAGGCGUUUUUGGACUCCGCUUUGUACAUCAGGUCCGUCCAGUCCAAUGACAGGAGGGCAGGGCUGCAGGUUUCCCCCCUCGAUCAAAGCAGCUGGAGUUAUGUAAGAGCUGAGUGGAUCUAAGUUUAACUCUGAUCCCCCAAACUCAUGAUCCCCCUGCAGAGUCCAGUUUCUGACACACAGACAGAUAUUCACUGUUAUGAAACGUCUCUGAUGUGUCUUAAAGGUGCAGUCAUCUUAGACACUAAACAAACACUGACUCAUGGCCAGAGUUUUUCUCUCCACCAGGAUACAGAAGUUCGGUGGGUUCUUGACGUGGAACAGCGUCGGUCAGGCCAAUGUGAACGGGCGGCUCGCCAUGACGCGCAGCAUCGGAGACUUCCACCUGAAAAGCAGUGGCGUCAUCGCUGAUCCAGACACACAACGGCUCACUGUAAGUCCUGAUACAGCUACUUGUGACCGUUGACCUUAAAGCAUUCAGGAAACUCAGAAAUUCAGAAAGGUUUGUUGUUUUUGUUACACUAAUGAUGUCUAGACGGUGGCCGUUCAGGGUCAAAACAAAUUUGUACUGUGUUCUUUUUGUAAGCACCUUAUACUCAAAAUGUCAAAUACAAAUUUAGUCAUUUUUAUUAUUAUUAUUAUUAUUAUUAUUAUUAUUAUUUUAUAUAUUUUUUUAUUGUUAUUAUUAUUAUUUUUAUUUAUUUUUAUUUAUUUACUAUUAGUAUUAUUAUUAUUGUUAUUAUUAUUAUUAUUUAUAAAUUAAUAUUAUUUAUUUUCUAUUAUUAUCAUUAUUAUAAUUGUUAUUAUUAAUUUUUAUUUUUAAUCAUUUAUUAUUAUUAAUUAUUUAUUUAUUUGUAUAUAUUUUUUAUUAUGAUUAUCAAUCUUUAUUUUUAAUAACUUUUUUUACUUUUUGUACUAAUUUUUUUUAUCAAUUUAUUAUAAUUAUUGUUACUAUUAUUUUCAUUUUUAUUGAUUUUUAUUAAUUUAAUAUUAUUGUUAUUUUUAUUUUGUUCUUGUUUUUUAUUAUGUUAUUGGUAGUAGUAGUAGUAUUUUUUAUUAUUAUUAAUUCUUAAUUUUGAUUAUUAGUUUUUAUUUUUGUUGUUAUUGUUUUUUUAAUCAUUAUUUAUUUUUAACUUUUAAUUUAACUUUUUUAAUAUCAUUAUUAUUAUUAUUAUUAUUAUUAUUAUUAUUAUUAGUUUAAAUUUGUAUUAAUUAUUAUUAUUACUUUUAUUAUUAUAACUUCAGAUCCAGCACGGCAGUGACUCCUUUCUGGCUUUGACCACGGACGGCAUCAACUUCCUGCUGAGUGACCAAGAGAUCUGUGAUGUCAUCAACCAGUGCCAAGACCCCACAGAGGCUGCUGAUGUCAUCGCUCAGCAGGUAGCGGAGACUCUCAAGUUUCUGAUACUCUCAUCAUAAUAUUAGAUUUUUUCUCUUGAAGCUCCAAAAGCUCAUUUUCUCAAAGCUUCAAAACUUUUCAAAUGUUUCCUUUAUAAGUCUUCUUAAGUGACAAAGUCAAACUGGAGGUUGUCAACACGCCAAAAAAAACACGAUAACCUGAAAAAGUUUUGACGAUUUCAAAAGAUUCCAGGAAUCAAGAGAAACCAGCAAACCGGGGCGUGUUAGUUCAUGCGGGUAUUUUGUGUGAUUUCCAGGCGUUACAGUACGGCUCUGAGGAUAACGCCUCCAUCAUCAUCAUCCCUCUUGGGGCGUGGGGGAAGAACCAGAGUUCCAACGCCGUCUACAGCAUGAGCAGAAACUUCGCCUCCAGUGGGAGAUGGGCGUAGAAGAAGCAGAAAUACACAAGAAGUCACAAAAACUCUACAACAGUCCACAAAAUCAAUCCAACAGGAAGGAACCAAAUAUUUUUCAUCCAUCUGAACCCGCCUGAACCUACAUACCGACCCAGAGUGGUGUUGGCUUUAGUAUUAACUGAACAACAGUGUAAAUAGAGUGUGUAAUAUAUUGUACAUACAGAAAAGUUUGCUGCUUUGUCGAUGUUGAGUUUGUCCGUGUGUUAGUCAGCGUUUGUGUGCAUCAACACAAAUAUUCAACAUCCACCCUCUUUAAUUUUGUCACUUGUUCUGACACUGAUGUGUCAAAUUUUACCUCAAACCUCUUUAGUAUCAACAUGUCAGGAAUGCAGAUGGUUUCAGGUUGAGCUCAUCUGGAAUUUGAGAACAAAUAAAAACCUCCAGACUUCUCACCUUUGACCCCUGACUACCCUGUGGACACUGUCGAAAAGAUAUGUGUUCAGACAUGAAUAAAGAUCAACAUGUUAAACUGAA